GCUGGGGAGGGGAGCUCAGCGCUGGGGAAGCUGGGGAGGGCCGCGCCGCCCAGACCCCACGCUCCGGAAGUGAAGCGGCCAGACCCCCGGCUAAUGGAUGCGGAGCAGAAAGCCCGCUGACCGCUCUCGGCCCCAGGGACAGCGUGGCUUGGCUGGCGCUGAGAAACACCCAGACAUGCCGUUGUGUGGCAUGGAGUGACAUCUUGUGCUAGAAGCUGAAUACAUAAGCUCCUUGGCUGUCAUGGGAUGAUUUGAAACACAUAAACAGGUAUCUGGCCACAUCUCCUGAUGUCAUUCUGCAUGUGGGAAAGAUCUUCCUGUCCACAACUAGGGCUCCAUUAAUCUGCAUGCCUGGUGAGCAUAGGGUGGGAAAGCCAGCUUGCAGGAAAGUCCCCAAGAGAACAACAACAAAAAAAUCACUAUAAGCAAAGAAGAGGUCUGACUCAAAUACAGUGUGGGGCAGAAUCCCUGGUUUACCCUCACUUCUGUCCCUAACCAGGUACAGGUGCUUCCUGGGAAGGAGAAAGCUGUGUGGUAAAACUGGCCAUUGUUUCCCCAAGAGCCCAAGCCACGCUGCUGGGAGACUUCCCUCCAGGAGUUCUGGGUGCCUGAGUGGAGGCGUCUCCCCACCUGCUAGAGUGGUGAGGUGCCAGAGCCCCAGAGCACUCUGAAAGCAGCUGCUUCUCACUUUUCCAGUGGGGCAGUCCCACCACGUGGCUUCAGGAGGGAACCGGCUCUGGAGACACAGGCGGGGGCUGGGGUGCUGUCCUGAGAUACUAACUGCUCACCUUGGGUCAGGUGUGGAGACCUAACAGAAAGAGCCGAGUUCUGGCCACUGGGCAGUAAGGGUUAUUGUUCCAGAAGCCUCUGAUGCUGCUGUUGGAAUGACCCAGCACCCAUUCACUGGUGGGUUAUCAGUUGAGAAGCACAUCCAGGAUCUUCUCAAUCCUAAGGCAGUCUCUAUUGGCCCCACAAACUGAUCCGGUACCCACACUUAGAGCGAGUCAAUAUCUGGGACCAUGGCGCGGGCACUGUUGGAGGACUGGUGUAGAAUCAUGAGUGCAGAUGAUCAGAAAUCACUGAUGGUUAUGGGGAUACCGGUGGACUGUGAUGAGGCUGAGAUUCAGGAGGUCCUCCAGGAGACUUUAAAGUCGCUGGGCAGGUACAGACUGCUCGGCAAAAUAUUCCGGAAGCAGGAGAACGCCAACGCUGUGCUGUUAGAGUUUCUGGAGGAUACCGAUGUCUCCAUGAUCCCCAAUGAGAUUCAAGGAAAAGGGGGUAUUUGGAAAGUGAUCUUUAAGACCCCUAACCAGGACACUGAAUUUCUUGAGAGACUGAACCUCUUUCUAGAAAAAGAGGGCCAGACGGUCUCAGGAAUGUUCCGAGCGUUGGGGCAUGAGGGAUUGUCUCCAGCGGCAGUGCCCUGUGUCUCACCGGAAUUAUUGGCCCAUUUGUUGGGACAGGCAAUAGCGCACGCCCCCCAGCCUCUGCUCCCGAUGAGGUACCGGAAACUGAGAGUGUUUUCCGGGAGCGCGGUGCCAGCCCCAGAGGAAGAGCCCUUUGAAAUCUGGUUGGAACAGGCCACCGAGAUAGUCAAAGAGUGGCCGGUUGCAGAGGCAGAAAAGAAAAGGUGGUUGAUGGAAAGCCUCCGUGGCCCUGCCCUGGACCUCAUGCACAUCGUACAGGCAGACAACCCGUCCAUAAGUGUGGAGGAGUGUCUGGAGGCUUUUAAGCAAGUGUUUGGAAGCCUGGAGAGCCGCAGGACCUCCCAGGUGAAAUACCUGAAGACCUAUCAGGAGGAAGGAGAGAAAGUCUCGGCCUACGUGUUACGGUUAGAAACUCUGCUGCGGAGAGCGGUGGAGAAGCGGGCCAUCCCGAGGAAUAUCGCCGAUCAGGUCCGCUUGGAGCAAGUCAUGGCCGGGGCGAGCCUCAGCGAAAUCCUCUGGUGUAGGCUGAGGGAGCUGAAAGAUCAGGGGCCGCCUCCCAGCUUCCUGGAGUUGAUGAAGGUGAUCCGCGAGGAAGAAGAGGAAGAGGCCGCCUUCGAAAACGAGAAUAUUGAAGAGCCGGAUGAAGGGGAUGGCUAUGGCCACUGGGAUCUUGAGGCGGAUGAGUAAAGCCCAUCCCAGAGGGGGACCCACAGCCGGCAGGGUAGGGCCUCUGCCUUACCAGGCUAAGACCUUUUCAGAUAUUUUUUCUCCUUUAAUGUAUGCAUUUGAAAUGACAGCAUUUGAGCCAGAUCUUGAUUCUUCCUUCCUUCCUUCCUUGAUUCUUCUUUCUAAGAAAACAUAUCUGAGUGUUUCUUGGCCCCUACAUAGAUUUUAACAGACUGGCAUUUACCAACAGGCUCUUCUUUGUUUUCAGGUUGACUUAUUUUGUGCAGAUGUUGGAAGAAAAGUUCUCUUGCAAUAUCUGAGCACAUAUCCAAACUUACUUUAACUUUCCAUAGAUUAAGGAAGCCAUAGCACCUCAUGGGUAUUUAAAUCAGACCUGUGCUUGUUCUAUGAUGUGAAGUGUGUUUCAGGUAUAAACGAGCAUCAUUCAGUUAAAUGCUAGGCAAGGUUCCAACACAACUGAUAUAUAGCAUCAUAGCAGCUUUGUAUAUACAAUAAACAAGUGGCUUAACUUUUCUAAACAUCUGUUUCUGCAUCAGAAAGAAAUGGGAAGAUAAUAGAAUAGGGUUAUUGGUAGGAUCAAAUGGCAUCAUGCCUUUUAAGCACUUAGCAUGAAGUCUGGAACAUAGAAAGCCCUCAAUGCAUUGAGACUCUUUUUAUUUAUUUUCACAGUGCUUGUUGUCUGGUAAGUGCAUGCUCUCUUUCUUGUUCUAACAGUCCUGCACUAACAAGUAAAUAUAUAAUCUGUCAGUCAAUUUGUGACAACUUUGCAUUAGAAACCAUUUUAGCACUUGUGGUAAGUUCGAACGUUUGUUGUCUAUUACGUUUCUGAUAAAAUUGCCAGCAAUUGUUGACUAUUACUAGUGAUGAUAACAAAUAAAUUCUUUCUGAUCAUGGAUAAUUUUAACUGAAGAACAUCCUGGGGAUGUUAGAAAAGCAUUUUUUUAAGAAAGAAGAUACCCUAUGUGAUCAUUUAUCUUUCUAAGUUAUAUUUUUCAAUACUGUUCAAUCAAGAUGCUAAAACUCAUCCAAUACACCCUGAUUUUAUGCAUUUUUUUUGUAUUCAUGAACAUGGCCUCAUUGUUCUCAUGAAUUGACACUAUACAAAGUAAAAUGUUAUAAAUGUGAAGUUGUAAAAUAAAUACCUGCU